AUGGCGUCGGUGAAAAUGGUGAGUAUGUUCAUUUUGCCGGCGAUGUUACACGCCUUCAGUUCCUUUGGUUGGUCGAUGGCUCAAAACAGUCAUCAUCGUCCUCAUCAUAUCCAUGUUGGAGUGAUUCUUGAUAUGGACUCACCAGUUGGGGAGAUGGCCCAACAAUGCAUGACCAUGGCCAUCUCUGACUUGAACGCCUCGCCGUCGCACAUUAACCAUCCCCUGAAGUUGAUUCUGCAUCCUAGGAAUUCCAUGGGGCAGCCUCUGAAAGCUCUAUCUUCAGCUGUGGAGCUCUUGGAGAAUGAACAAGUCGAGGCACUGAUAGGCCCACAAACAUCUGAAGAAGCCGAGCUUCUGGGAGAACUGGGAGAUAGAGUGCCUAUCAUCUCCUUUUCUGCUAGUAGCCCUCUCUUGUCCAGAGAGAAAAAUCCAAACUUUAUCCGAAUGACAACUAAUGAUAAUUCCCAGGUUGGAGCAAUUGCUGCUCUAGUUCAAAAAUUCGGGUGGAGAGAAUUGGUUAUAAUACAUGAGGACAGUUCCUAUGGAAACGGAAUCAUACCUGAUCUUCUUCUCGCGUUGCAUGAAGGCAAUGCUCGCGUGGCGCAUCGGACCGUCCUUCCACCACAAGCCAGGGACAUAUAUGUCGAAGCCCAACUCUAUAAACUGAUGGCUCUGUCUGCCAAUAUAUUUAUUGUCCAUAUGUCUGCUUCCCUCGCAUCUCGGUUUUUUAUUAAGGUUAAUGAGUUGGGAAUGAUGAGUACAGGCUAUGGUUGGAUUGUGACUGAUGGGAUAGUAAACGAGCUGCCUGUGAUGGAUCGGUCGGUUUUAGACUCGAUGCAAGGAGUCAUAGGAAUUAGACCUUCUAUUCCACCCUCAGAGCGGCUUCACAACUUCUCAAUGAAGUGGAGGAACAACUUCUUCACAAACCAGCAUCAUCAAAUUCCUGAAGUAAAUGUGUAUUGCUUAUGGGCUUAUGAUUCUGUCUGGGCUUUGGCCAAAGCAGCAUAUCAUUUAGGUCCAACAACUUCUAUGCAGAAGAAUGAUUCUGCAAAUGAGCUUGCUCAUCUUGCUGCCAUUCACUCAAGACGAACAGGGUCCGAUCUAGUCCACACAAUUCUACGUGGCAAGUUCACGGGUUUAAGUGGGGAAAUUCAACUUAAGAAUGGACAGCUGCAACAACCGCUAGCAUUUGAAAUAGUUAAUGUUAUUGGAAGAGUCAAGAGAAUCGGAUUUUGGACCCAAUGGAAUGGGAUGACGCAAGGGCUAAAUAGGUCUAACGUUGCAACUCAAUCACCCUCUCUAAGAAAAAUGGGCUCUAUUGGAUGGCCUGGAUCAUCCUCGGCUGUACCAAAAGGUCAAAGGGUUAUGCCAAAGACUGGGAAGAGAAUGAGAAUCGGAGUUCCAUUUAAAAAAGGUUUUAAAGAACUGGUGGGAGUGGAACUCGAUCCCGAGAAAAAUGCGACAAUUGUAACGGGCUUCUGCAUAGAUGUUUUCAAGGCUGCAAUUGAUUUGUUGCCUUAUGAAGUAAAAUUUGACUUCAUUCCCUUCCCAGAUUCAACGACUGGAAGCUAUUAUGAGGAUCUGAUCUACCAUGUAUACCUUCAGCAAUAUGAUGCAGCGGUGGGUGAUAUAACCAUCACAGGAAAUAGAUCGUCGUAUGUGGACUUCACAAUGCCUUUCACAGAAACUGGAGUAGCGAUGAUCGUGCCUAUCGAGACAUCACGAAGCACAAACAUGUGGAUAUUUCUACAGCCUCUCACGGUGGAUCUGUGGUUAGUCAUAGGUGCUUUCUUUGUCUUCACGGGAUGCGUAGUGUGGACAAUUGAGCACGGUGACAACAAUGAGUUCAAGGGACCAUUAGCUCAACAAAUUGGGAUGGUGAUGUGUUACACUGCAAACCUGAGCUCAAUGCUAACAGUUCAUCAGCUUCAGUCCUUGCCAAAGGGUGAAUCUAUCGGUUCCAAUGUCGACAGUAAACUUAUUAAGACAGAUCUGAUCAAUCUACCAUUCAAAAACCCCUCUUUUGCCCCUUUGGAUACCGUUGAAGAUAGUGUGAAUGCUCUGAGAGAUGGAAGCCGGAAUGGUGGUGUCUCAGCAAUUAUUGAUGAAAUUCCUUAUGUAAAGGUCUUCCUUUCCAAGUACUCUGCUCAAUACACCAUGGUUGAGCCCUCAUACAAAAGCACCAAUGGAUUUGGCUUUGUUUUUCCUAAGGGGUCGCCUUUAGUCCCUGACAUUUCUGCAUCGAUUGCAAAAUUGAGAGAAGAUGGAAAACUUCACUUGAUAAGCCAAAAUUGGUUUCAAAAUCGUUCCUUAUUCACAAACCAAGAUUCUGCAACAAAAGUUGCUAGACUUGACUCAUACAGCUUCCGUGGUCUCUUUCUUAUCACGGGCAUCACUUCAACUGUAGCUGUGAUAGCAUCCUAUAAAUUUAGGAAGAAACAAUCAACAACUGCACAACAUGAGGUUGCCGAUCAACCUGUUGAAGAGACGUUCCCACCGAUACCGACCAAGAUCAUGGCACUUAUGUGUGGCAACAUACCAGGAACUUUGAUGCUUCUUAGGAGUUUCUAUCUGUAG